AUGCCUCUCAAAAUCAUCAUUGUCGGCGCCGGCCUGGGAGGCCUAGGUGCUGCCAUCGCCCUUACUCGUGCCGGCCAUCAUGUCGAAGUGUUUGAACAAUCCAGGUUCCUCAACGAGAUUGGUGCCGCGAUCCACAUCCCUCCCAACGCCACGAGGGUGUUGAAGUCAUGGGAUUGCGACUUUGAUGACCUACAAGCCGUCUUCUGCAAUGCCAUCAAAGUGUACGACAAGACAGGCAAACUGAUUUUUGUGCCAGUGGCAACAGACAUCGUUCAGAAGAAAGUCAACACCAAGGACGAAUGGCUUCUCAGCCACCGUGUCGACUUGCACAACACUCUACGAAAGCUGGCUACACAUGAGACUUAUGGAGAUAAUCUCAAGAUCCAUCUCUCGAGCCGCGUCAUGUCUGCUGAUGCAGAAGCCGGAGAGAUCGUCCUCGAGGAUGGAACCAAGCACAAGGCUGAUCUUCUUGUUGGAGCUGAUGGUGUCCACUCCAAGGUCGUCACAGCCGUGACGCAAGAGAAGGCGGUACGCAAGAGCACGAUGCAAAACACUUUCCGAUUCCUCGUCCCCAUCGAAAAAAUCAACUCGAACCCUCUUACCGGGCCCUUCUUUGCCAAACUCGGCCUCGAUUGCCAACACGUUUUUACCACCUACGAUCGCCGCCUCGUUGUAUACCCUUGCCGCUAUGGCAAGCUGCUCAAUAUUGUCGCCAUGCACCCGUCAGAGAAUGCUGAACUCGAGUCCGACUCUUCGUGGCUUGCGGGUGGCAAGUUGGAAGAUUUACUCAAGACAUAUUCCGAGUUCUCACCCGAGAUUGUCGAGAUGUGCAGUCUAGCUGAGGACUUGAAGCUCUGGAGCUUGGCCACGAGAGAUCCACCAAAAAAGUUCUACCGCGGAAAGACUGUUCUGAUCGGCGAUGCUGCUCACCCCAUGCUUCCUCACCAAGGACAGGGAGGCGCGCAGUCCUUGGAAGACGGAGCUGCCCUCGGAGCCCUCUUCCCGGCAGACACGACAGUCGAUCAAAUCCCACAAAGACUGGAGCUCUACAACAAGGUUCGCUAUGGAAGAGCCGUCACGGUUAUGCUCAUGUCGAGGAUCAACGAUGAGAGGCGAGGCGAGAUGAUGGAUGAAUUACGAUCAUACGUGCCUGAUGCCGUUCUUCCAAACGACAUGUUUGAGUAUACUUGGAGUUCCCAUGUUGUCAAAGAUGCUCAAGAGGCGCUGCGAGCGGCUGGCAAGAAUUGA